GCGCGUGUCGCCGGUGGGUGACGUCAGAGCGGCGACGUGUCAGUCAUGGCUGCCGAUAUCACAUUAUUAUUCAAAGCGAGCGUGAAAACGGUGAAAACGCGGAAUAAAGCGCUCGGACUGAUCGAUUCAUCCAACAGAGACGAAACCGGCGGAGCGAAGAGACCGAGAGCGAGAGCGAGAGACCGAGACAGUUUCAGCGGGAGAGCGAGAGAAGUGAUCUCAAACAUCUCAAAGCUGAAGGACUUUCUGCUGCAGCACAGGAAGGACUAUGUGAACGCCGGCAGUGUGAUGUGUUCGGAUGUGUCCCGUAUGACGGACAGUGAGAGAGAUCAAAUUGACCAGGAUGCGCAGAUCUUCAUGAGGACGUGUGCAGACGCCAUCAGCCAGCUGCGAUCUGAGAUGGGCAAACAGGUGGUCUCAGCACAGGUGAAGGAUCAUCGUGCAGCAGUGCUGGAUCUGAUCGAGGCGUAUCUCAAAGGCGUGUGUAAGCUGUAUUCUGAACAGAGAGCUGUACGCGUGAAGAGAGUCGUGGACAAAAAGAGGCUAUCCAGAUUAGAACCGGAGCAGAUCAGUCACGACAAACAGCAGAGCGACGGAGAGGAGAACAACGAUAAACCAGUCUCAGACAGUAAUGUGGAUCUGUGGGAGGACAACAGAGUUGAGGAUGAUCUUUCACCGGAGGAAAUACAGAUGUUUGAGCAGGAGAAUCAGAGGUUGGUCGGGGAGAUGAACAGUCUGCUGGAUGAAGUCCGGCAGAUUGAGGGGAAGGUUGUGGAAAUCUCUCGUCUGCAGGAAAUCUUCGCUGAGAAAGUCCUACAGCAGGAAACUGAGAUCGACAACAUUCAUCAGCUGGUUGUCGGUGCCACAGAAAAUGUGAAAGAAGGAAAUGAAGAUAUUAGAGAGGCGAUCAAGAAUAACGCCGGUUUCCGAGUCUGGAUUCUGUUCUUCCUGGUCAUGUGUUCGUUCUCACUGCUGUUUCUGGACUGGUACGACGGGUGAACGAUGACCUGGACCGAACCUCAUCUGUGUGUGUGUGAGAGAGAGAGACAGCAGAGUGUGUGUGUGUGUGUGUGUGUGUGUCUGUGUGGCUCCAGCACACAAUUAUCACCCUAAGAAUCAUCUAAAUGUGGAACAUUAAAUAAUAUUCAAUAAACUGUUCUGAGUUCAGUCCA